CGCCGUCGCCGUUGAGCUCCUCCACCGCCGUUCGGGUCACUGGGAACGUGGCUGUGAUCACCGGAACCACCAUCGGAGUUACCGCUGUUUCAGUUCAGCCGUUCUUCCUUGUCUGGGAUCAAGUUACGGGUCUUGCAUGCUGAGUUCUAUGACUGUUGCGUGCGACAUCAAGCUGCUGCGUCAUCAUCAGAGCUGCCACUGUUCUGUUCUUUGGCUUAUUCGAUUAUGUUUCGGUUCUUGUGUGCCGUGAUUAGAGUUGCCGAGGAUGCGGCUGCCGCCGUUGCGGGCCGAGAGAAAACGGAGCUUUGUCACGUAGUUGAAUCGCGAAUGAGGUUUUGAUCACCUGAAUCUGGUGGCUCCUGCGGACUGCUCUCCUUCUGUACUUUGCUGCCCAUACUCUCCCCCACCCAUGAACUUGGAUAUAAGUGCAGUCGAGUGAGAGUCAGAGAGCGUCUAUCAUUCUACCCCCAUCUUCGCCAGCUGCCGCUGUUGCUGCCACUAUGGGGCUGCCUUCUGAUAGUUCUUGAUAUUGACCGAUAGGGGUGUACAUGGGCCAGGCCACACCGGGUUUGCCUAACUCAGACCCGACCCGAAAUAUAUACCGGGCCUAUGCUAAGGCCGGGUCUGGGUUAGGGCAAACCCGGUGUGGCCCGGCUCAUGUACACCCAUAGUGAUUUGUUCUGCCCAAAUAGAGCCUUUAUUUGCUUGUGUAUGAUUAAACCUUGCUGCUUUAUGACAGAAUGAAGUUGCCAUUGCAAUUGAUCAAAUGGAUAUCAAUGGGCAUGGUGAUGCUGAGGAGAACGUGGGAGAUGCUACAGAAAUACAAAUAUAGUGCUAAGAUUCAGUACCAUAUUUCUUACUUGAUGGUCAAGCAAAGAUUCAACAAAACUGUCUGGAUUUCUCUCACACUCUUCUAACAAAGAUUACACAAUGUGUGCUCUUAAAUGUUGCUUUUCUCCCUUCUCAGCUUAACGGACUCCCCUUUAUAGAAAAAAAUUGGGUAUUUGAAUGUAUGUAGGUUAGAAGAUUUCAACUCUUAGCGAGAGAUAUUGGAGGACAUUAUGUUGUUGGGUUAAUGACAUAAUACAGAUGGUUCUGCAAAAGAAACUGCUAUACUUUCUUUGCUUUGCUUCUCUGUGUUGAGUGGCUAUUGGACUACCCUUCAAAGAAAGCAUGACCCUCAUUUUCAGCGCAGCCAAGUUUCGUAAAUGUGCCAUAUUACUCCACAACCUGAACUUUGCUGCACCCACCCCUUGUCGUUCGCUUAUGCUUCUUGGCAAACAUGUUGGAAAAGCGCAAGGGGCUUCUUAUUCAACUGCAUUACCAGGCAAUGGUGGUUUCUUGAAAGACGAAGACUUUGGAAAAUCAACGUUAGCAAUGGACCUUGCUUCUCUCGUUGAGGAAUCCUCCAAAAUUCUAGAGAGUAAACCCAGGAGUAGGAUGGAGUUCAAGAGAUUUCUUGAAAACCGAAUAAAGAAGAGGGUGAAGAAUCAGUUUGUGAAUGGAAAAUUUCGUGGUCUAAUGCAGAGCAUUUCCGAUGGAGAAACUCUACGUGAUGCUUAUAAUUGCAUAAGGAUCAACUCUAAUGUUGAUGCAGAGUCAAGAUAUGACAGUUGCUUUCUCGAUGACUUGGCAAAACAGCUCCAAGAGGGGAGUUUUAAUGCAAGUGCAAAUACUUUCUUUGUCUCAACAAGAGGAUCAAAUGACAAACAAGUUCUGGUCCUUCCCAAUUUGAGGUUGAAGGUAGUCCAGGAGGCCAUCAGAAUAGCUUUGGAAGUUGUUUACAAGCCACAUUUCUCGAAGAUCUCACAUGGCUGCCGAAGUGGUAGGGGUCGUGCCGCAGCAUUGAAGUAUAUCCGCAAAGGGGUUUUAAACCCUGACUGGUGGUUCACGUUGCUUGUAACCAAGAAGUUGGAUGCUGCUGUCUUGGCUAAGUUGAUUUUGGUAAUGGAGGAUAAGAUAGAAGAUCCUGCUUUAUUUGAUUUCAUUCGGAGCAUGUUUGAUUCUCAGGUGCUGAAUCUUGAGUUUGGGGGUUUCCCAAAGGGACAUGGUCUUCCACAAGAAGGGGUCUUGUCCCCUAUUCUAAUGAAUGUAUACCUUGACCUGUUUGACACCGAAUUCCACAGGUUGUCAAUGAAAUAUGAAGCUAUAUAUGAUGGAGUUGGAAUGCAUAAUGAUCAAGAUAACUCCUGCUCCAAGUUGCGUGGUUGGUUCAGGAGACAGCUAGAUGGUAAUAGUGAGUGUAUAGUUGAGAAGAAUUCCAGCAUCAAGGUUUACUCUUGUCGCUUUAUGGAUGAAAUAUUUUUGGCAAUAUCUGGUUCCAAGGAUUCUGCUGCUAAUUUUAAGUCCGAGAUCCAAAGUUAUUUGAAGGAUUCUUUGUUAUUGGAUGUUGUUCAAACUGAUUUAUUGCCUUGUGAAGGACCUCGUGGUAUACGCUUUCUAGGAACGUUAGUCAAAAGAAGUGUUACAGAGAGUCCUGGUGUAAAAGCUGUUCACAAGCUAAAAGAAAAAGUAGAGUUAUUUACAUUGCAAAAGGUAGAGGCUUGGAAUUAUGGGACAAUUAGAAUUGGGAAGAAAUGGCUAGGACAUGGUUUGAAGAAGGUUAAGGAAUCAGAAAUCAAGCAUUUAGCUGAUAGCAGUUCUAUACUGAAUAGGGUUUCCUGUUACCGCAAGUCUGGAAUGGAAACUGACCAUUGGUAUAAACACUUAAUGAAGAUAUGGAUACAAGAUGUUCAAACAAAACAUGCAAGUGAAAAAACUAUUUUAUCCAAGUGUGUUGCCGAACCAGCUCUUCCGUUAGAGCUAACAGAUUCCUUUUAUGAAUUUAAAAAACAGGCAGAGCAGUAUAUAACUUCAGAGGCAGCCUCUGUUGUUGAGCUUUUGCCAAAUAAUAACAGCUCAUUGGGAAACGUGAUGACAAAAACUGAGAUUAUAGCUCCUCUAGAAGCAAUAAAAAGGCGUCUUUUAAGAUAUGGAUUGACCACAUCUAAUGGAUUCCCCCGUUCUACUAAUUUGCUUAUCAUGCAAGAUACAACUGAAAUUAUUGACUGGUUUUCGGGGAUCAUCAUCCGCUGGCUAAAAUGGUAUGAAAGCUGUGCUAACUUUAAUGAGAUAAAAAACUUAAUAUCAGAUCAAGUUAGGAAAUCUUGCAUUCGUACUUUAGCGGUGAAGUACCGCGUGCAUGAAACUGAUAUAGAAAAGCGGUUUGAUGUAGAACUCAGCAGGCUUCCAUCAACACAGGAUAUGGAGGUGGAAAUGACUAAUGAAAUGUCAGAUACUCAAGCUUUUGAAAACGAUGAGGCAUUAAUGUAUGGAAUUACUUACAGUGGUUUGUGUAUGUUAUCUCUUGCAAGAAUUGUGACCGAGGCAAGACCAUGUAAUUGUUUUGUCAUAGGGUGCUCUUCUUCAGCACCGAGGGUCUAUACUCUUCAUGUUAUGGAAAGGCAGAAAUCUCCUAGCUGGAAGACUGGGUUUUCGACUUGCAUUCAUCCAAGCUUAAACAAACGACGAAUAGGAUUGUGUAAGCAGCAUCUGAGGGAUUUGUAUCUAGGAUAUAUAUCGCUUCAGUCCAUUGACUUUGGUGCAUGGAAGUGAGUGUCCACAAUUAUACCAGAAUCUUUAUCAGGAUUGGGUAUUGGUCAUGUAUUACUUCAGUCUAUUGAUGGUGAAGCACGGUUAGAGAUCAGGUAUAAGAUCAAGAUGAAUACUUAUAUCCAAUUCUUUUAAAAGAUAUACAUCAUAUACAUCCUUGUUUAGCUGGGUAAUGGCAAAUGCAGCAUGGUUUACAUGUCCUUCAAGCAGUCCUUACCACAUAACGCCAUGCUGUUUUUCCCGUUAAAUGAAGACAUUCAGUGAUUAGCAAGCAAGGAUUGGAAUGAUUUGUUCCUUUCAAAGCUUGUGUAUGUGGUUAGUUGUCAUUGAUCAUAAGGCUUGCGCCAUUGAUUUUGGGACUUUCGGCCUUUUUAAAGUGUCUUAUGGGAUGCUGGGUGACUUGGUCUAGGACAAUGCCACAAUGGUUUCACCGAAUUGUGUGGCCAUCAGGGUAAUAUGUCUAUAAAUAUUGGACAUCUUGCUUAUUCCCUUGAUUUUUUACCUAUAAAUACUGCCCAUCUUCUACAGACUGCAUGCAUGCUCUUUUCUUCUGCAAGAUACAACUAUGCUUUCUUGUGGGACUUGAAGAAUGGAGCCGUGGUGUGUGCUCUGCUCUUUGCUUUUAUGGAGCUGAAAUCGUAUGCAUGCCUGCCUCUGUUAGUGACUUGUGACGGUGGAAGAGAUUCAUUUAUAUAUGGUUCUUGAGCAAAUUUAUUGAAAUAAAAGAAAAAAUGCAGUUUCUCCGUUUCAAAUGAGUUAGAUGUAUACAUGUUAACAAGCAUUUCCUUAAGUUGUUUUAUAUGCUAUUCUUAUUCGUAGGCACUAAAUAUAUACUUUUUUCUGUAGAAAAAUCCUAACUAUAUGAGUGCUAAUUUGAUUCUUAUUUUCCGUGGCUCAA